AUGGCGGAUCUUAUUGGAGGGGCUGCCUUAGGACUAAUAUUUUCAGAGCUGUAUAAGGCCGUUGAGAAUCUGAUAGAAAAGACUAAGAAGUUCAGCCCCCACCUUAAAGUAAUCACGGCCACCAUAGACUCUUUGAAACCAGUGAUCGACCAGAUAGAGAAGCAAAACAAGGAACUGAAUCUCUCAAACGAGGAGACAGAAAAGUUGAAAAAGAUAAUCUCCGACGGCAUAAAACUGGUCGGCGACUGCUCGAAGAAUCCAAAGUGGUACAGAAAGGCAAGCUAUACAGAUAAGCUCACCGACUUGGACGAGGCUCUCAAAAGGCAGUUGGAAAUACUCAAGGCGCAUGGGCUGAGGGAUGGGAAGGAGACGCUGAUUAGGGUUACGGAAAUAAAGAAGUUGAUCAACCAACUACAAGCCUCCUUAUUACAAGCCUCAUGCUUGUUAUUGGUGCUCAUAAUUUUUCUUAUUUUGGUAAGUAGGGUCAUGUUUAGUGUUCCUGGAGGAGUGAGAGAGCAGCAGCUUGCAACAUCAUCGGCGUCAGUGCCUGACGGCGGUAUAAUAUUGUCCCGUCCGGCGCGGUUGCAGUUAGGUUAUUUUGUGGUCUGGUUAUUUGGAAAACUUCUUGUGUAUGCCGUCUAUGGGGUCUUCGUUUGUAUGGUUAUUGGGAUCGUCGGUGGUUGCGUCGAAGCUAUUCAAGAUCAGUAUCGACAGGGUUUCUCCGGCCUGAAGCUCCCGGAAUGGGAUGAGCUUCGGGAAUUGCCUAUGAUGAUUGUCGGGCUGUGUAUGUGCCUCUAUCUUCUUAAGGGUCUUUUGGGGUUGACCAACUGGAUUAAUCAACAACUGUGA